GGAAAGGAGCAGAGUGUCCAGAGGAUAAUCAGAGCUCUGAAUGACUGUCUUGCUGCUCUACCUCAGCAGCAGCUCCAGAGAGUCACCCACAUAGGUAUUUCAGGACAAAUGCAUGGGGUUGUGUUUUGGAAAACAGCUAAAGGCUGUAAGUGGACAGAGUGUGGGACAGGCCCUGCCUUUGAGCCAGAGGAGGUCAGUCACCUGGUUACCUGGCAGGACAGUCGCUGCACUCCCACCUUCCUCUCCUCUCUUCCUCUGCCACAGUCACAUGUGAGCUUGGCUACAGGAUUUGGAUGUGCCACAAUCUACUGGUAUUUAAAGAACAGUCCAGAUUUUCUGAAGGCUUAUGAUGCAGCUGGAACUAUCCAGGACUAUGUGGUUGCCAUGUUGUGUGACCUGAAGAAGCCACUCAUGUCCAUCCAGAAUGCUGCCAGCUGGGGAUAUUUUAAUUCCAGAACCAAAAGCUGGAAUACUGACAUAUUGGAAAAAUCUGGCUUUCCUGUUCACUUGCUUCCUGAGGUGGGAGACCCUGGCAGCGUUGCAGGCAGGACAACCUGUGCAUGGCAUGGAAUACCCAAAGGAGCCAAAGUAGGAGUUGCUCUGGGAGAUUUCCAAUGCUCUGUUUAUUCCUGUCUGACUGAGAGGACUGAUGCAGUUCUCAAUAUCAGCACCUCUGCUCAGCUGACCAUCUCCAUGCCCCUGGGCUUCCAGCCUCCAGAGACACCAGAUCCUUCCUCAGCUGUUGCUUAUUUUCCCUACUUCAAUGGUGACUACCUGGCAGUGGCAGCAUCACUGAACGGGGGCAAUGUGCUGGCAGCGUUUGUGGCCAUGGUGGGACAGUGGGCAGAGGAGUUAGGACUUCAGGUUCAGGAAUCUGCCAUCUACACCAGGAUAAUCCAAGCAGCCUUGGCCCAAAGCGACAGCAAACUCUCAGUCCAUCCAACCAUUUUUGGAGAGAGACACAUUCCAGAGCAGUUGGCAUCAGUGACCAACAUUGCAACCUCUGACCUGUCCCUGGGCCAUGUGACCAGAGCUCUGUGCCGUGGCAUCGUGGAGAACCUCUGCUCCAUGUUACCUGUGCAGCACCUGGUGGAGACAGGAGUGAGGAGGAUUCUGGGCAGUGGGAGUGCCCUUGCCAGGAAUGAGGUGCUGAGGCAGGAAGUGGAAAGGAUUUUUCCAUUCCCUGUGGUUUAUGGGAAGGAUGUGGAUGCUGCUGUGGGAGCUGCCAUGGUGAUGUUCCAUGAUAAAUAAAGUAACUCUUUGGAAUGGCCU